AACAACUAAUUAACACAAACUAUACCUUCGACCCUUUCCAUGCCUCAUUCAAAUCACAACCCACCAAAAAGACCGCCAGUUACCAAACUGGUUUUGAGGAUCUCAGGUACGGGGUCGUUUGGAAGUUAGGAGUCUAAAUGAGUGAUUCUGUGAAUGUGUGUAUUCUUUACAAUUUAUCGUUCUUUUGACAUAAACUUAUCCAGAAUGCAUGCAUUUGAUUGGUACUUUAGAAUCUCAAAUGGCUAGAAUCAUUCAUUUUAGAAUCUCUACAAAAAGGUGAGAUUCUCUUGCUUUACUUUUGUAAUUGCUUUUUUGCACCUCUUAUCCUUUUUUUUAUAUAUAUAUUUCAUAUUUGCCCCUUCUUUAAUUGACUAUACAAAGAGAACUUCAAGGUUAUAUAAGUUUUUUUGGUCAUUAAAGUGAGAAUCCUUAUAUUCUUUAGGUUUAAUACACUUGUAUAUCCAAAAGUAUCACGGUUGUGCCAAUAAUAUCCAAAAAUCCGGAAAUACCACUUAUAUCCAACUCCGUCACAUUCUUUGACGGUGUUAACGUUAAGUCUGACUGGACAAACAGUGGUGCUUACGUGGCCAAAGCUUAUUUCCCAAUUCCUCUUUACUUAUCCACGUGUAUUGCUAAUUAAUUUUAUUUAAAAAACUAAACAAAAAAAAAUUCAAUUGCCCCCAUCUGACCUCACCCUCGACUCGACCUAACUUUCUACCCUUCUGAUUUUUUGCAUCGACGAAUCCCUAACCCUUCACCUGCGGAGGGCGACGAAGGCGAUGAAGGAGACGGAUUUUGACGAAGGCGACGGAGGAAGACGGAGGAAGACGAAGGCGACGGAGAAGGGCGAAGGCAGCAACCCCCCCCCCCCCCUAAUCCGUCGUAUCCCCUGAUUUUCCUUCAUCCUUCGUCGAUCUACCCUUCUCGCCAACCUUCCUCGAUGAAGACCAACACCGAUUUCGGUGGCUUAAACAACUUGCGACGAGCUUAGGCUGGCUCCUUCCAUCCUUCCUUUCCGCUGGAAACCCUAAUCGCGACGACGAACCCUGGAAACGCGAGGAGAGAAUUCGAAGAAACCCUAAUCGCACAGAAAAGGGGGAUUCAAAUGCAGAGACGAUAAUCAACAAAUAAGUUAAUCACCUACGACAAAUGGAAAGUUAGGUCUGCAAAUCGCUUUUGUCGUGAAUCUGGGUCGUCGUUCGCCAAUCUCCAAAUCCGCCAGAAUCGCAGGAGUCGCCAAAUCGCCAGAAUCCACGAAUCCGAAAUCUUCACUCGGUGGGAGGAUCUUCAAUCCCAGGGAGUAUGUACAGUCGGCGGGAGGAUCUUAAAUCGCCUGGAGGAGGCUCAGUCGGCAGGAGGAGAUUUUGUCGCCGCCAGGGUGCGAACCCUAAAAACGAAAGGAGAAAGGGGGACUGAACGUCCUCGUUGUUCGUCGUCAGUUGGAAAAUGUGGGAUUGAGUUUUUUUUAAAUAAUUAUUUUUUUUAAUUCAUUCUUACGUGUCACUUUUGGCGUAGUUGGCGCUUACGUGUCUGCAUAGUUCGCGUACAAUCAGCUUGCCGUCAGCUAUGUUGACGGAGUUAUUAACACCGUCAAAGUAUUUAACGAAAGUGGAUAGAUUUUGGCAAAGGACAACUUUAAAACAUGGAUAUAAGUGGUAUUUCCGGAUUUUUGGAUAUUAUUGGCACAACCGUGAUACUUUUGGAUAUACAAGUGUAUUAAACCUAUUCUUUAAAAGUGAGAAUCACAACUAACAAACAACAUAUUCUUACAAUCAUCUAUUUCUUACAAUCACUACACUUAGAAUACAUACAUAGUAAGAAUACACAUAUUCAUAGACUCCCAACUUCCAAACGACUACAUGAAUUCCGACUGCAAUAACAAACAAAAACAUGGGAAAUAUAGUGGGACUAUACAUCCCUUGUGGGUCGUUGUUGGCUGGUAAUCUUUGUGGAGGUGAUACGAAGAAAGGAAGAAGUAUGAGCGGCUCUGGGAUUUGGAUUAUGAGACGAAUUGAAGAGGACUGUGCUCCAGUGAGGCUCACAUAGUCACAUGUGUAGUCAUAGAGUGUAAGCUUCAAAAUGAAAAAGAAACAAACAAAAAAAGCUUCCUGGACGCUCUCGUCAGGCGGCGGAAAACCCUAAAUCCCCUCUCGCCGAAGAGUGUUAGCGGUGGGAAUCGAAGUUAAAAUCAUCAAAAUUGCCCAAAUUCGGGCCGAUUAUCUCCGUUUAUGGAGCUUACAUGUGGUUUCCCUGUUUUGGGGCAUCGAUUAUCCUCAUUCAUGGAGGUGAAUUCAAAUUAAGUGAAAUUAUGGCUUAUCGCGAAGAAAUCGCAGCUGUAGGGAUUAUCCAAAGAUCGCCCAAUCUCGGGUUGAAAAUCUUCUUUGAGGGAGUUAAAGUGUGGAAACCCGGAUUUGGGGUGGUGAUUAUCCUCUCUCAGGAGGUCGAUCUAGAAAAUUUCGGCAACAGUGUUUAUCGCCUGCCGACUGUAGAUCCGAUAAUGGAUUGGAAAUAUGUGAAAAACUCUUCUUCUCAGCGUCCGGCUCUCUUGCUCUAUCACUAUUCGUGAACCACAUGGAAAUGGGUCUCUUGGUUAAAUUUGGGUGUUUAACUUGUGUGAUUUUGUAGGUUCGCCUGCUUGUUUCUAUGUGUCACAAAUCUCAGGCUAAGACAAUGGGUUCCUCCAAGGACAACGACCAGGUCCUGGUGUUUGACGAUGAGGAUGUGGAAGAAAGUAUGGCUUGCACAAGGCUGAGCUUGAUUGGAAGGCUAUUUAUGGACAACAUGCCAGUGGCGCUGCUACAACGUAUAGUCAAUAACCUAUGGCGAUGCAGGUCGCCAGUGGCAGUCUUAGAAGCGGACAUGGGGCUGCUUCAAUUCCUAUUCAAUGAUGAAGCUUACAGGGAUCGGGUCCUGCAGAAAGCUCCAUGGAUUAUCAAAGAUCAUGUCCUCAUGCUCAUGGAAUGGGAGCCGGUUACUGAAGAAUUGUUCCAUAGGCUGGCGUGGGUGCCAUUCUAGGUGCAGAUGUGGGAGAUUCCCCCUCUGUGAUGUACUGUUAAGCUAGGCCCAGACUGGUGGCCAAGCUGGGUGCUGAAAUUGAUACUAGCUCUAUGGAACGCGUGGUGACUCGGGCUACUUCAUCAAAUCACGAGUCCGAAUUAACAUUGAGCUGCCACUUCGAUCACAUCUGACGGCUAGCAACCCAAGACUGGGAGAAUUUAGGGUGGUGCUGAGGUAUGAGAGACUACUCCUGUUCUGCUAUAAAUGUGGACGAAUUGG